UUCUUUUACGCAAAUUUCCACCUGCAGGUUGGCCUUUUCAUUGGUUGAAACCACAGUCAGAUUCUCCUGCGCAAUUAUCUGAUUGAAAAUCAGGGAGGGGAGAAACAGUAAGAGCACCAAGUGUGAUGGUUUUACGCUGCUUUGCUUUCCCGACUUUUAGGAAAGGAUUUUGCGACGCAUUUUUCCUCCGCAGAGCCCACUCACACCCAAACGACAAGGACUUUAUUAUUAUUACUGUUGCUGCGAGUUUAAUUCCGACGGGAACCUGCUCAGUUAACGGUGGAUCAUCAUGCCCCGGUCAUUUCUGGUGAAAAACAAAAGGUGCACGUCCUACAAUGUUCACCGAUCACAGAAAGACGACCCGAAGACCCCCAUGAAAGGAGAUGUGCCACCAGAGGUUCAGAGCACAGACUCAGACGGGCCUCAGUCAGAGGAGCAGUCUUCCCCUCAGAGCCGCUGCUCCUUUAAGGAGGAGGCAGAGCGUGAAUGCCUCUUACCUGCUCACCCAGAGCCCACCAGGCCCCCUGUGGCUCCCACACAGCCAUAUUACCUAAAUGAGCCUCACAUGGCAGGAUUCUCUCCUUACUACAAGCCGUCGUAUGCCUGGGAGCCAGUGCCUUCCUCCUAUGAGCUCCGUCAGAUGAGCUUCAGCCCCACAGUGCUGCAGCACGCCAGCAAUCUGUACGGCAGCCACAUCAGCCACACCACACAGCCUCAGCAGCCUCUGGACUGCAGCACGCACUACUCCCCCUCCUCCAACACCUACCACUGUAUCACCUGCGACAAAGUGUUCUCAACGCCCCACGGACUGGAGGUCCACGUCAGGAGGUCACAUAGUGGAACAAGACCUUUUGGCUGUAACAUCUGCAGAAAAACAUUCGGCCACGCCGUCAGUCUGGAGCAGCACAUGAAUGUCCAUUCUCAGGAAAAAAGCUUUGAGUGCAAAAUGUGCGGCAAAACAUUCAAGCGCUCCUCCACUCUCUCCACGCACCUGCUAAUCCACUCAGACACGAGGCCUUACCCCUGCCAGUACUGCGGCAAGAGGUUCCACCAGAAGUCUGAUAUGAAGAAACACACGUACAUUCACACAGGUGAAAAGCCCCACAAAUGCCAAGUGUGUGGGAAAGCGUUCAGCCAAAGCUCCAACCUGAUCACCCACAGCAGGAAACACACAGGUUUCAAACCAUUUGGAUGUGACAUUUGCUCCAAGGGCUUCCAACGUAAGGUGGAUCUUCGUAGGCACCACGAGAGCCAGCACGGCAUGAAGUGAAAGAGGAACGAGCAUGAGAACCUCAGGUGUUUGUACGUGUACAUUUCUAUCCAAACAAUAAGCUGAUACUGAUGUAAUCUAGAUGUCUGGUAUAUUUUGGAUGGCCUUUAUAGAUAAAGUAUAAGAAUUUGGAAGCUGUGAAAUUAAAUUCAAAUUGAAGGUGAUUUAGACUCUUGUAUAAUGAAGAAACCAAGUAGCUGAAUAAAAUGUAAUAUAUUGGAAGUCAUCUUCUUUCAAAGAAGAUGUGUUUGCAUGUGGAUGAAUGGGAGAUGUGCUGAUGUCAUAUAGAUUAAAAAUAUGUUUUUGGUUUUUCAUUUUAAAACAUUAUUUUUUUGUUCCAUAUAAUUUAUUUAAACUCUGUUAGAGCAAUGUGUUGUACAUUGGCAGGAGUCUGUGUGUGAGCUGAUAAAUGCUUUCAACUGAAAUAAAAGUGUAAAGUGAGAAGGAAAA